AUGCAGAAAGUCCACACCUUAGUUAACCUCUCUACAGAUAUACACACACUCUCCACACCAUCAUCAAAUUCAAGUCGAGACAAUCUUACUGUAGAAUCUCCGAAUUAUGUUCUCAUUGGUGUGGGAAUUUCUACAUUAGUCGUCGUUGCUGCUCUACCUGUUCUUAUUGUUAUUCAUUCACGAUUACGUCGUUCUUACUUUCAUCGAAGUACACAAAUCGAUCUGCUAAACUCGUAUGAAGUCAAUGAUUUAAAACCUGUAUCGAUCUUGAAAAAGCAUGAUCAAACUUUCUACAAUCAAAACUCGGAGUCAGCGUCAAACGCGGAAACAUCUACAAGAAUUACACUACUGUUAGAUGAGAAUAGUGCAGAAGCCGGAGUAGGGGCAAAAACACCAGCUAAGAGAGAACGUCACUCAAUCACUAUGAGUAUGAAUCGUUUCGUUGAUUUCCGAGAAAAAUUACCCACUCUGUUCGAUGAUAAUUUAUUUAAAGAGAAAGCGAUAGAUCGUUUUGCCAUAACCGAAUUGUACAAGGGUGCACAAAAAUUAGCACAAACAACGGAGCUAGUAGUAAAAAAAUAG